AUGCGAUCCCAGCGAUCUAAAACCACGCGAUCCAUGCGAUCUAAAACAGAGCUCCAUGCCUUUUGGCGCGAGCGAACCGAUCAGGUCUUGGGUCCUCACGCAGUUCGGCACAAGCAUUUCAGGGCCGCCCUGGAUGCAGCGUUGUUGAUCUUCAAUGGUCCAGACCACCCCCUUUCCUCUCAUCCCCCCUUCCCUCGUCCAUCAGGAGUUGCUGGAUCUUCCUCCCCCUUCUCCCCCUUCUUCCCCUUGGCCAGGCGUCAGAAGGUCCAGCGGUGCGAUGUCAGCAGCUUGUCUGCGGACACCCCACCAUCUUGGGCUUCAGGCACCAUCACCUCCACAGUUUCAACCUACUAUUCACCAGUCGGAAGGGCUUCGGUUCUGAGACGGAUGAAGAUUGAACAGGAGGCCCAGCACAAGGAAUUCCUUCAACAAAUGGCUGCUAUCGAUGCGCCGUCUUUGUCGACUCUCCCUCCCUCCCAACUCCCAACACGGUUAGAACCCACCACAACGGGUCCAUCCACUCCUUUACCAGCACAUAAUGGGUCAGACAUCACAUUCGGCAACGUUUGUGACAGUCCACGAUCCCCACCUUCGUUCUUUUCUUUGUGCGACUCUACACCCGCUGGGCUUGUCUCUCUUUCCGAGGGAUCCACCGACUACGGAUCACCUCUUCCAGCCCCUCCACUUGCCGCCGCGGAUCUGGAUGCAUUGUUUAAUUUCGAUGCUUUCAGAAAAGCCUGCGCCGCGUCCAAAGAGCGUGAUGUAUCGAUUUUAGCACGCUGUGCUGCUAUCGAUGCUGAAGAGUCAUCGUCCUCUCCUUACACAGGAGAAUUCACUCCCAGCUGGCUUUGUAGCGGUUCGUAUUCUGACGGCUACCUUGAUAUCCCUGAAGCGUCCGUUUUUUCAGUUGGCUCCGACUGGGAUGUCGUUUCCGAAGACGAAGCCAUGGAUUCGGGCAUUCUUCUCCAACAGAAAUUAUGUGGUCUCGAACAACGGUGGGGUCGCCUCCCUACCGACGUUCCUGCCAUAUACCUCGCCAUAGAUUGCGCCGCCACUCGUCUUCUUAUGAAGCAUUCACUCUCUUUUGCUGGAGCGUUCGCUUCGUCCGAUCGUUCUGGUUGCAAUCCGCUUCCGUUCACUCCUUCGCCAUACAUUCCUGAGCUUCCUUACGCCGAGCUUCAAAACUCGAGCCCAGAAGCAUCCGCUCUUUCUCAGGUUCCUGUGGCCGAGUCUCAAAACUCGAGCCUAGCAGCCUUCGCUCCUUUGCCCGAGAUCGACCUUGGCACGGCGGUCCGCGCACACAUGCGACAAUACUCUUGUCGACAAGAACCCAUAUUUACAGCUACAACUGCUUCAGUCAACAUGCCUGAAACCCCCAGUCGUCCUCGUAAGACGUCUUGGAUGUGGAAGGCUACCGCUGCUGUUGCCGUCUCUGCCGCUGCUGGCCUUGCGUAUGCUGCUUGCUGCGCUUGGUUCUAG